UAUUGCAAAUGAAAUACAUUACACAUUAUAUACAGAGCAGUUUAUAUUUUUUAGUUUAGUGCACGUAGUCCCUUAUUAAUCGUUCUCUCUGUAUAACGCACACAGAGAUGAGAUGCGUAAGAACGUACAAACUGAACAGCAGCCCUUUCAUGCCCGGACUACAUGAAUUGUAUUAAUUAUGGACAAUAUAUUGCGAUUAUUUCUUCAGAAGUGCGAAAGAGCCUCUUUUGUGGGUGUUUCAAUUACGGGGGAGCCCCACAAUGUCACCUUCGCUCGCUCGCAUUGUGCCGAGAAAAAAAAAAAACAGGCAUCGGCGACUUUCAGCGCGGAAGGGGUUAAUGAUCGUCGUGAUGCCAUAUGUUCGCGGUGAUGCAGUGAGAGAGGAAAGAGAGAGAGAGAGAGCAGGCAGGCAGGCAGGCGGUAGCGCCGAGAUCUCGCUGGGGAAUCAAACAGCAAAAACACAGCGUGGACACAAUGGAGCGACCCGCAGCCGGACCCUAAUGACGCGCGGGGACCCCGGUACUCACUGAAAACGAGGGAGAAGCGGAGCUAUGCCGUUACUGCCCAGGCUCGGAGACUCGUGAUUCACCAUGAUGAAGACUGAAUCCCCGUCCGCAGCGAGCGCCAGCAACACCAGCUCCACUCUGCGGAGCGCUUCCCCGCACCGAAACGCGUACGAGGCGGGGAUCCAGGCGCUGAAGCAGGCCAGGGACGCCCUGAGCGGCGCUGCGAACGGGGAUGAGGCGGCGGACUGCAAGUCCAAGCCCUCCUCCCGCGGCCGGAGGUACGGCUCCAACGUCCAUCGCAUCAAGAACAUGUUCCUGCAGAUGGGCUCCUCCGCGCCGGGGGAGGGCGAGGACCCGGCCAAGGAGCGGUCGGUGCGCCUGUCGCUGCCGCGGGCCAGCAGCCUGAACGAAAACGUGGACCACAGCGCGCUGCUCAAGCUGGGCGCCACCGUCUCGGAGCGGGUCAGCCGCUUCGACUCCAAGCCGGACGGGCAGCCGCGGCCGCCGCCCGGCUUCUCCAAGCUGCAGGAGACGCGCAAGAUCUUCGAGCAGCGCCACCUGCAGGAGAAGCAGGCGGCCACCAACCGCAUCCUGCUGAAGAAGGAGCGGGCGGCGGGCUUUCAGGACGGCCGGCUGGACGUGGUGGUCCGCUUCAACGGCAGCACCGAGUCGCUGGACAGCCUGGACGCCGGGGGCGCCGGGGAGGCCGUGUCCCCCACUGUCAGCCAGCUGAGCGCCGUCUUCGAGAAGGCCGACCUCCGCAACAACAUGCACCGGCCGCCCACCUCGCCGCUGCCCACCCGCGGCGCCGCCGCCUCCGCGCCCGGCAGGGUGGCGGCGCUCAACUCCAAGGUCAUCGCCAAGCGGGCGCGCGUCUUCCCACCCCAGGAGGAGGAGGGCGGGGGGGCGGCGGCGGCCGGGCGGCUGAAGGACCAGGACGGGUCCGCGGGGGGCGGGGCCAAGCCGGCGGCCAGGAAGGAGGACACGCCCACUUCCGAGAGCGCUGGGGCCGGUGGCCGGGCGGGCUCGGGUCCGGAGGAGCAGCAGAAGAGCCCGCCAGCGGAGCAGCAGCAGGGGAAGGGGGAGAGCCAGGAGGAGUUUGAGGGACCGGCGGGCGAAGCGGGGGUCACGCCCGGAGGUCACGAGGAGCCCGGUGCCCCCAGCACCCCAGAAAGCAGGAGCAGGCUAGUCCAGGCGGAGGUGCACGCGUCCCUGGAAAACGGAGAGGCAGAUCUGGAGCGAGAGCCCCCCAAGACGGGCGCUGGUCCCCCCGACGCCCCGGCUGGCCUCGAGAGGGCGGCGGAGGCGGAGAGGGGCAAGGCCGGAGAGGGCGAGUCCCCACAAGGGGAGGAGGAGGGAGGCGAGGAGUCCCGCAAGGAGGAUUACUCGGAGGCCGACCUGGUGGACAUCAGCGCCUACAGCGGGAUCGGCGAGGACUCGGGCGGCAGCCAGCUGGACGAGGACGAGGAGGCGGAGGAGGAAGAGGAGGAACCCUACGAGCCCGAGUCCAGCUGCUGCGAGAUCCCCGGCCUGCCCCCCGAGGAGGAGCCGCCGCCCAGUCGCACGAUCCGCUUCAGCACCGGGCCGAUCAAGGUCUUCACCACCUACUGCAACGAAGACUACGACCGGCGCAACGAUGACGUGGACCCCAUGGCUGCCUCGGCCGAGUACGAGCUGGAGAAGAGGGUGGAGAGGCUGGACCUGUUCCCUGUGGAACUGGAGAAAGACGGAGACGGCCUGGGCAUCAGUAUUAUUGGGAUGGGGGCUGGAGCGGACAUGGGCCUGGAGAAACUGGGCAUCUUCGUGAAGACGGUCACCGAGGGGGGGGCGGCCCACAGGGACGGCAGGAUCCAGGUGAAUGACCUCAUAGUGGAAGUGGACGGGACCAGUCUUGUUGGGGUCACGCAGAGCUUCGCUGCGUCCGUGCUGAGGAACACCAAAGGGAAAGUCAGGUUCCUGAUUGGACGGGAGAAGCCCGGGGAGCAGAGCGAGGUGGCCCAGCUGAUCCAGCAGACACUGGAGCAGGAGCGCUGGCAGAGGGAGAUGAUGGAGCAGCGUUACGCCCAGUACGUGGAGGACGAGGACGAGACCGGGGAGUACGCCACUGACGAGGAGGAGGAGAUGAGCCCCAUGUUCCCCAGUGCAGAGAUGGCCAUCGAAGUCUUCGACCUGGCUGAGAACGAGGACAUGCUGUCGCCCAUCGAGAUGGACCCAGAGAAGCUGGCCCACAAGUUCAAGGAGCUCCAGAUAAAGCACGCUGUCACAGAGGCUGAAAUUCAGCAGCUGAAGAGAAAGCUGGCGCAGGCGGAGCAGGAGAAGCUGCGCUGGCGGAUGGAGAAGGCCCAGCUGGAGCAGAGCGUGCAGGAGAACAAGGAGCGCAUGGAGAAGCUGGAGGGCUACUGGAUGGAGGCGCAGAGCCUGUGCCAGGCCGUGGACGAGCACCUCAAGGAGACCCAGGCCCAGUAUCAAACCCUGGAGCGCAAGUACAGCAAGGCCAAGCGCCUCAUCAAGGAGUACCAGCAGAAGGAGAUCGAGUUCCUGAAGAAGGAGACGGCUCAGCGCCGGGCCCUGGAGGAGUCUGAGGCCUCUCACAAGGAGGAGGCGGACAGGCUGCAGGACAAGGUAGUGCAGGAGCCGCAGAUCACCGACCUGGAGAGCAGGGUGCAGGCGCUGAAGAGCUCCGAGCCUUCGUAGAGCCAAAAUGGGAAGAGGGAGAGAGCUUUAACCCCUAACCCCCCAUUCUGAACACCUGCCCCUCCUCCCUGCCCUACCCCCUGCCCCUCCCUGCCUCCCUGCCCCCUCUCAGUCCCGGACCAAUAUUUUAACCGCAGUUCCUGGGGAAAAAAAGGAAGGAAGAGAAGGAAAGAGAAGACCAGUCAUUUGGAAAGCAAUACAGAGAGGGGCUAGGAAACAGGGAGUGAAAAGAAAGUACCGGAAGUCCUUCGUCCUUUUAAAGUGUCACAGGAUCCAGGUUUGUCCCGAGUGUGAAGGGUCUCAGCCCAGCCCUGCUGCGCUGGUCUCUCCUCCUGGAUAUCUGCCGGCUGUCUCCUUCCCAAACUGUUUCCUGCGAAGGCAGGAGAAGCUCCUCCCUCUUCCUCGGCCCGUGUCUCUUUGACCCGAUGUACUAGCUAGGAAUACUGCCACAUCACACACAGGCUGCUGGACUGCCUGCUUGUUGUACUGAAAAUGCUGAAGCAGCCCUGGCUGUCGAUGGGAACAGAAAACGUAAAAAAAAUGGGUUUAUUUAUGUGACGUGCAAAUCUGGGGGAGUUUUAACACACAGAAAAAAACCCAACAACGCCAACCACAACAAACUCUUGGGACUGUUGUUUCGUUGAACAGAAACGGGGCCGUUCAGCCCAAUCCGUUGUAAGAUUCAUCAUCUCAAGGUCUAUUCUGAGGUUGUACAGACGCGAAAUCUCGUAUGCAGGGGGUUGGUUUGUAUAUAUUCCUUACGUAUUUAAUAUUCUACAAGCUUGAACGUUCGACUGGGGACAGAAGGGUCAGUGUGGAGGAGAGUGAAAAGGCCUUCGUAUCGGGUGAGACCCUGUCUGAUCUGGGGGGGUGCAUGAUGUGAGUGAAUGAAGAACUUGUUUUUUGACAGCCCUCCCCGUACGAGCAAGCUCAUGGGCUGUUGUAAGGCGCCUCUGGGGAAAUGGAAAACAGGGUGUAAAAAAAGUUAGAGCCAUUGUUUCCUUGUGGAGGUGGUCGGUGUUUUGUUUUGUUUGUGAACGGUUGUAAUUCCGAUGGCCACCCUCGUUCACCCCCUUCACCUGUCCUGGGUGGGUGUGGGGCGUGUCGGCAGAGAGGAGGCGUUCAGAUUUGAUUCUCAUCGCAGACGUGCUUGGCUCUGGAGUUUCUCCUCGCGUGCUGACCUCGUCGGUAAGCAGACCAACCAGAGCGCUGAAGCUAAACCAGAGGGAAAUUUGUGUUUUUCUGCUUUUUAAACGAAAGUGGAAGACAAAGGACGUCAGGGUUUCCGAUGGGUGGCGUUGUAUCUUUCUCUUGCUUGGACAAAGGCCAUAGGAGACCUCCUCUGAAAGGCACCUUGAUUCAGGUCCCCAGUCUCCUUAAAACAGAAGCAAGCAGCUGCCUUUCUUUUCAGUGUUGUUUUGUCUGUAUUAUAGUUAACUUUCCAGCGCCUUUGAAAUCAUCUGGUGGUUUUUAUUUAAUGUUGUGAGUCCUGUUUUUUAGUGGGCAGACAGAACAUCAUGGUGGAUUCUGUUACAUGGAGGCAGGAAGGGUGGGGGGAUUCCUGUCAGACCCCUUGCCCUGCCGCUCUGGAAUUAGGGUCACGUUCCUCGUACCCAGGGCCGGCUAGCCGCUCCUCUCCUUCCGAGCCGCUGGGAGAGCCUGUUUUGUCAGUCGCUCCAGACUGCUGAAAAACGAGUCUGGUCCCCUUAAGCCCCUGUGUCUGCUGGUUUGCUGCUCUGCUCAGCUGAGCUUUACAUGACCUAACUAAUAAUCCCAUUGAUCAAAGCCCUUUCGGUUGUUUCUCAACUGCGAAAGAUUGGAGGUGACAGGGCGCGGGGGCAGUAGGCCUGGAUGAGAAGUGAUUUCACCCGCCUGGAAACCUACUUAGGUGGUGCAGAGUCUCCCACAGCGACUGGGUUUGGUUCUGUAAGGCCUGAAAUGUCCGAUGGCCAUGUGGUACAUCCGUCUUCGCAGUCUGGAAUAUGAGAAUGGUUACAAGAGGAGGCUGUUCAGCCUACGUUGUUUGUUUGGGUGCUGGCAACCUAAUUGAUCCCGGGCGUGUUCGCACACAGUGUUGGCUUCACCAGCAUGGGCUGCUGUGUAACACUGUAGCCUGGGACUGCUUUAAAUUAUUAUUCCUGUCAUGGAAGUGGGCACCUAAUGUUGACAUUCAAUGCAAUAUUAUUGGUUUUCAAAGCUUAUUGAUGUAGGUAUAUAGGUAACACAUAGUUCCUUGGAUUUUGUCUUAGUCUUGGGUUCUCCUGUGCUACUGGGCACAUGUCAUUAUUUUGUAUCUACGGAAAAUAACCAAUAAUGGGCACUCUUGGGGGCAGUGCAGGGGUUAGGGUUGCUGCCUCACAGCACUGGGGUCCCGAGUUCAAAUCCAGACCUGGGGUGCUAGCUGUGUGGAGGGUGUAUUUACGUGGGUUUCUUCCAGGUGCUCUGGUUUCCUCCCACAGUCCAAAGACACACUGGUAGGUUGAUUGCAUUCUGGGAUUAUCGGCCCCGGUGUGAACGUGUGCUUGUUUGUGCAUGACUGGUGUCCCACCCGCGGUGUGCCCUGCCCUGCACCCUUUCUUUGCCAGGAUGGACUCCGACUUCCCCGCAACGCUGCAUUGGACAAAGCAGCUAGAAAAAGGUCGGAGGCCGUCUUUGCAACAUUUUCGAGGUGGCAAUAUAUGACAGCAUGCAUGAAACAGGCCCUCCAUCGCUAGAUUCUGUAUAUGCACAGGUGUAUGCAUCUCUUGCCAAGACAUUUUUAGCAUUUGUGAAGAUCUCUUUUAUUUCCUAUUUUACUAAGUCAGGUGGCUUGCUGUUCACCGGCGAGCUUUGAGACAGGACGCAGUCUUAACACUCCCCUUAUGUUUGAUUUUGCCUAUUCAGCACGGCAAAUUUGUGCAGUUUUGCCGAGAUGAAAAUCGGGGCUUAAUGCCUGCGUGCAAUGGACAUGUAUUACCGAUGAGCUGUUCGGUGCAAACCAAACCCGAAAAGAGGCUUUUGAACAAAUCGGCAACAUUGUUGAGUUGUUCACAUGGUCCGCUUGUUGGCAGGAAUAGGGAACAGCUGUUCGGGGCUGCAUGUUCACUGAGCACGGAUUUUCAUCUCGGCAAAGGUGUCCUGCCGGAAUUCACAAAUGAAUGACUUUUAAUUUAAGGGCAGAUUUAAAAUCCCACGCUGUGUCAGUAUCCAGUGACCACACUGAGUCAUAUGGCCACCCUAUGUAUGGAAUAUCAGGACUGUGUAAGAAUUAGACAUUCAGUGACAAGUGUGCAGUCACUGCAGGGUGAGAUCAAAAGCAGGCAUUUCCCUUACAAGUGUCAAAUUAGCACCCAGCUAUUUUUAAGGCAGAUGUCUGUAGCAGCUGUCAAUGAUGUUAAAUAAGAACCAUUCACAUUCCAUUUUAUUUCGCUUUGCAGAUCACAAUUGACAAGUUUUGAUGCUGGCAAUCAGAGAUCACCAUUAUAAUUAUUAUUAUUUUGAACAGCCCACGUCAUAGACGUAUGGAACAUCAUGUUCCAGAUAUGUAAAGUAUUGCUCAAAUUUUGCUCAUGUUGCGUAACUCACAGCUAAUGAUGCAAUAUAGAUUCACAGCAUCUGUUCUGUCCCAGUGAAAUUCAUUUAGGGGUUUAUUGUGAAUUUGAUUUUGAAUUGGCUUUCUUCUCCUAUCAGUGGUGCACAAGGUCCACAACAGGUCCCGUAGUAGACAGCCAUGUUCUGCAGAUGGAAGAGUUGAGGAGCAAUUGCUGCCCUUAGUGAUUGUCCUAGAAUGGGUGGUUUUAGUCAGUUUUGCAUGGGAUUUUCCCUGUGGUUCGCAACGUUUUAAUUUAAAACCACCGGAAAUUGCCCUGGCCUCGGCCCGUCUCCGCCAUGCCAUUGGAAGAGUUCCUCUGGCUGUGUGAGAACUUCCUCAUCAGUCUGAUCCGCGGUGACCCUUGCUGUUACAGUGUGGGAAAACACGCAGAUCGUUCCACAAAGGGACAAACAGUCAUCUUUAAUGGACAUGUGUACGCUGUAACAAACCACUGUUUCAUUUGAUUUCGUUUUUUUUAAAUAUAUUUUCUCCUAGGCUACCAGGGGCCUGGACUCUGACUUGACACUUGACCUGUGUGGUUUACUUUCUGCUUUUAAAUUAAAGUGACUGCUGCCCAAUUGGCUGUGAAGCCUCCUCUUGAGAUGCUCCGUUAACCACUGGAUUCACUGAAUGGCUGCAGUCUGACGCAGCUGUCUGCUGUGUGUGUGUUUGUGUGGCAGUCAGUCUCCAUCAGACCCACACUGCCACUUUCUCUACAUGUUGCUCUACAUCAAGCAAGAGGGGGGAGACAGAGGAGUCCCUUCAGCUUUCAUCAUGCAUUUCCUUUCUGUUUAGUAAAUGUAUUGCUGAAGCACUGAGUGAGACGUUGAGCUCCUCUGUGUGUCUGACUCCACACAUAAUGACAUCAUGCCUCUGUCCCCACAGCUGACCAGCUGAUCACUGUAGCCACACCAGUGUUGGGCCUGCGUUGGGGGGUCCACAGCCCCGAUCUCCAGUUUUUCACACCAGCCAGGCUCUCACUUACUCAAUUGACCCUUUUAGGGGUUGGAUUAGCUUGGAUGAACUAGCUAAUUCAUUAAUAAUUUAAUCAUAAAUCAUAAUUAAUUAAGCAUUACUUAUACAGCGCUUUUCUGGACACUCCACUCAAAGAGCUUUACAGGUAAUGGGGACUCCCCUCCACCACCACCAGUGUGCAGCAGCCACCAUUAGCCCUAACCGAAGGCUCCUAUAAGGGCCGCAAAUCUUGGGGACCACUGACUAAGCUGUAGUGUACUACACCUCUGCUGGCUGGUACGUCUGCAUUUGACCACACGCUUGCUACAGUAAUAGUUAUUAGGGACCACAGUUAAAACUUCAUUCACUAGGGAUAACAACACCCGAGGAUUCAGUGUGCUGAAGGGAUUAUGGGCUGUUCAGUGAAAAUGUGAGUUCAACCUCUUGGCUGAGGGCCGAUCUCCUAGCCAGAGGACGAGGAGGUUGGGACCCCCCCUGCAGAGUGAGGAGUGACCUGGGGGCAGCUGGAGGGGGGGUGGAGGAGGGACGCAAAAAGACAUGUGAGCGAGAGAAGGGGAUCACGUACAGUAUAGUGUUUUAGGACAGGAAGUGACAUCAGGAGUGAUUGCCAAUUACUGACAGCUUGAGUGAACUUGGCUGUUGUCAUCACUCCCACACUUCUGUCAUCAUCUCCAUCGAUUGAUUGCCUCCCAAAAUCGGUGUCUGGGCACUGGGACAGGAACCUGUCCUGCCCCCUCCUUGUCGCUGUCCAGGUUUCGCAGUUACUCCGGAGCUGUGGGCGUGGCUGGAGUGCAUUUUUCUUGUAUGACUUUUUAAUUCCCACCUGCCGUUUUGUAUUAAACUAGUUGAAGCCAAUGUGAUGCUACGCCUUUUCUUCUCUCACACCCCAGCGGUCCUUCUCCGGCCUCUUAAUGUGCGCGAAGCCUAAAGGGGGCGACGAGCAAGACAAAACAAAAAACUCGGGUGGAAAUUAAACUCCCGCCAAGCCGUCGCAAACGUAGCUCUCGUCAUUCUCCACCACGAGCUAGGCUGACGUCCGGGGACUGGAAGGACUGGCAGGUCUGGUUGUUGGAUCUCGGCUGUGGACGAACUGGGUCAUUUGCUGGAGGGCUGGCGCCAGCGUUCCACUGUGCCCACUGGAGACAGCAUGGCAACCUGAAACUGAACUGGAGCCCAUGCUGGAAUUCUGCAGGAAAAGACAUGGCCUCAUUUCUUCACACGUGGGGGGAAAUACAGACUUUGCCCCAGAGUCGUUUACAGAUCUCUCUGUUCCUGGUUAGCCGCUCUGUAGUAUUAAUCUCCCUCCACCGUCUCACAGAGGUGACACGUUCAUGCUGAUGAUUAUACUGGUGUUUUAGAACAGUUACUAAAGCAGUAAUUAUGUCACGGGGAAACUGAAGCCUUCAGCAGAUAACGUAUAUAAAAAUAAGCCCUCUUACUGUAAAUGUGUUUUGUACGUGCAGGAAACAGGAGGGUGGGGGUACACACCUCUGUGGAUGAGGAGCUGAUUUCCUUGAGUGCCAGCUGGGGUGAAGUUUGUGGGUGCCAAAGCCCACUUGGUUUUACAGCACUUUCAAAGACAAAAACGAGGACGUUUCAGAGUAGGGCUACCAUGGUGUAAUAGAUUAGAAAAAAGGCUACAUUUCUUGUUCGCAUACUAUACAGCUGUUUUUUUUUUCAUGGGCAUCUGAUAUUGUAUUUAAAAAGAAAUCCGUUGUUUUUUUUUCUUGGUGAGGUGCUACACCCAUCUGCAGUCUUGGUUUUUAAAUAUGUGUUUCUGUUGCAAAGGUGAGAACUCUUUUCGGGUCUCUGUUAAAGUAAUCUGAUCAAGUAAUGGGAUGUGACCACUGAAUUCUCAUCUUUUGAUUUGAAAAAUACGUGUUUGGGUUUUUUUUUUAGCUUCCCCUCCUCUGUUUUUUUGCGACCGCAAAAACAAAAUAUUCCUGUGUUCGAUUCUAAACGAUCAUGUUUCAUCAUGAAUUAUUAAGCCAUUACAUGUCAUCAUGCAUAAUUUACAGUCAUUAUUAAUAAAUAGGGAUGUGUUAAAA